AUGGUCUCGUUCAAGAACCUCGUCACCGUCGGCCUCGUCGUCCUCGGCGCCCUCGUCAGCCCGGGAGUCUCAGCCGCUGGCCUCGGCCCGUUCCAGGGCACGGUCGAGGGAACCAUCCGCAACAUUGGCGAGAUGUACCGCGGCUACGCCGACCUUACGGGCGAUUCCGACAACAUCGCACGCCUGGUCAUGAACGACGUCGAGACGCUUCCCCGAAAGGCGCGCAGCAGCUUCCAGAAGUUCUACCAGUCCCACCCGGAGCUCUCGACCGUCGAUGCGUUCCAGGAGUGGGUCAACGCGGACAAGCAGCGCAAGUUUGACAGCCAGUUUGCGGCCAUUGUCGCGGCUCGCAAAGAGGUCUACGAUGCUUGGAGGCGCUCCAACGGCCGCAAGUAG